GACGACGUUAUCUGUUUACCCUAAUCUCACUCUUUACCCGUUUGCCGUCGCCCGGCCUCUUCGUCUCCUCCUUCGACUGCUCCCUUUCUUGCAUCGAUACCCUAGAAAUCGAUCCUCUUCGUUCCGAUACUCUGGGAUUUACUUCUGGAAAUCCUUUCUCAUCAUCAUCCUGUAAAUUUUCUUGACCGACCACCCGUUGCCGGCCUUUGCAAUCCCCGUGAUUCGAUUUCUUCUGAUCUUUCCCCCAGUCGUAAAUUUGGUUCCCUGCAAAAAAUCUCGCUUUUUAGGAGAUCUCAUCAGAACUCGUUGCUAAAAUCGAACCAUUUGGUUGAUUGUUUGUUACACUUCAUCGAAGUGUGGAUCUUGAGAAACUCGAUCCCUGUUCUUUGAUUUGUUGUGUAAGAGGUUAUAUAGUUCCGGGGUUCUUGAAUCCGUGAGAUUUGGGAGCUUCUACGGAUUUUUUUCCAUUGAGGUGGUCUUUUGCAGAACUUGAAACCGUAGGUUGGAUCUGUAUUAGCGUUGCGCAGGGAGAGAUGGCUGGCGGUGGAAGCAGGAGGGACGAUGGGCCCUUGAAGAUUAACAGCACCAACGUUUUCGCAGCGCUCGAAACCCUUAAGAAGAAGAAGAAAUCGAACAAAGAGACUAAGAGCAAGGCGGGAUCGUCCAAGAGCCAGGCGAAGGAGCCGGAGCCGCAGGUGUUUUGGACUCCGACACCAUUAACGUCAACAUCUUGGGCCGAUGUUGACGAUGACGAUGAUUACUAUGCGACCACAGCGCCUCCCCAGUCCGUCUGGGGGUCGUCGGAGCAACAGCAGAACAAAGAAUCUGUUGCAGUCGUAGAGGAGGAAAGUGAAAGCGAGGAUAAUGGUCUUGAUAGCGGUGAAGAUGACGUUGAAGAGGAACCUGAAAUUGAACCUGAGAUUGCUUUUGCAAGUGAGCCAAUAAUAGAGAAACCUGCUCCUGUUUCAGUACCGGCGAAAGAUGCAGAAAGGCAGCUAUCAAAGAAGGAGCUUAAGAAAAAGGAAAUGGAAGAACUUGAUGCAAUUCUAAAUGAGCUUGGCAUUUCCGGCAAAGAAAGCAAUUCUGCACAAGAUGAGGCAAAUGAUAAGAAACAACAGGAGCAUAGUGGUGAUGGAGAGAAAAAGGAAAACACAGGUGCUCCUUCAGAAAGCAAAAGUUCAAAGAAAAAGAAGGCCAAAAAAGAUAAAUCUUCCAAGGACACCAAGGAACAAGAGGAACAGCUCGCAGAUCUCAAUAAUAACAAGAAACCAGAUGAAGUCGCUGAACCUGGAGAGGAGGAUACACCUACGGUUGAUAUGAAGGAGAGGCUAAAGAAAGUGGCUUCCUCUAAGAAGAAGAAAUCGAACAAAGAGAUGGAUGCUGCCGCAAAAGCUGCUGCUGUUGAGGCAGCCGCGAGGAGUGCGAGGCUUGCAGCUGCAAAGAAGAAGGAGAAGAGCCACUACAAUCAACAGCCAGUGCGGUAAUGUUCCUCUCUUCUACUAUUAUGAGAAGCCACUACAAAUGUUUUCGCCGAACUCUAAAAAAUAAGUAAUGGGAUGCCCGUAAAUGACCUGAUCAUAUCACUACCGAUCUCUUUUGAUUAGACUGUAGGCUGUUCCGAUCCUUUUUGUCAUCCUUAUAUCUCAUGUAACGAAUUAUUUUGGUAUUUUAAUGAUCAGUAUCUCAUGGACAUUUGCUAUUUCA